GGAGGCGCUCGGAGCCGCCGCCGCCCGUUCCUGUUCCCAUUCCCACUCCGGCCUCCUUCCCGGCCCCGCCCAGUUCCCGCUCUCGGCCUAUUCUGGGUCCUCUUCCGGCUUCCUUCCCGGACCCAGCUUCAUUCCCAUUCCCAGACCCGCCCGCAUUCCCGUUCCUGCUAUGGCGGUCCGCGCCAGCUUUGAGAACAACAACGAGCUGGGCUGUUUCGCCAAGCUCACCAACGCUUAUUGCCUCGUAGCCAUCGGCGGCUCCGAGAACUUCUACAGCGUGUUCGAGGGGGAGCUCUUCGGGACCAUCCCGGUGGUUCACGCCUCCAUCGCCGGCUGCCGCAUCAUCGGCAGGAUGUGUGUGGGGAACAGGCACGGGCUGCUGGUGCCGAGCAGCACGACAGACCAGGAGCUGCAGCACAUCCGCAACAGCCUUCCAGAUUCCGUGCGGAUCCAGCGCGUGGAGGAGCGGCUGUCGGCGCUGGGCAACGUCACCACCUGCAAUGACUACGUGGCGCUGGUUCACCCAGACCUGGACAGGGAGACAGAAGAGAUCCUGGCAGAUGUGCUGAAGGUGGAGGUGUUCAGACAAACAGUAGCAGACCAGGUGCUGGUUGGAAGUUACUGUGUUUUUAGUAACCAAGGAGGAAUCGUGCACCCCAAAACUUCCAUCGAUGACCAGGAUGAGCUCUCUUCUUUGCUGCAGGUCCCACUUGUGGCGGGGACGGUGAACCGCGGCAGCGAGGUGAUCGCGGCGGGGAUGGUGGUCAACGACUGGUGCGCCUUCUGCGGGCUGGACACCACCAGCACCGAGCUCUCCGUCAUCGAGAGCAUCUUCAGGCUCAACGAGGCUCAGCCAAGCACCAUCGCCACCAACAUGAGGGAUUCCCUGAUUGACAGCCUGACAUGAACAAUGUUGGUUCCUACUUCCCAGAGAGCUCCUAAGGAGUGAAGUGUUGAGCUGCACUUUGAUCACAGACAUCCAGACCUGAUAUUUCUGCAGGCGUGGCCCAAGGGAGAGGCUACAAAACCAAAUUUUUGUCAUCUUUUGUAAACCACAAAAACUGACAAAUAACAUGCAUAAGAUACAAAUAAGGAAUGCUUUCUAUCCCUUUGCUCAGUUCUUCAGCUCUGCUUUCUGGUUUUGUAAUGCCAAAUGAGCCCCUCAAAUUACCCCACAAUAUUUACUCUUGUGGCUCUUGGGUGUUGAUCACUAGAGAUUAUUUUGCCUUAAGUCUUGCACCGGUGUCCAGCUCCACAUCAGUUUGUUUUGGGACUACAUGUGCUGCCCUCUCUGUCCACACUUCUGCUCAAGUGGUGUUUCUGCUCUAGGUACAUGUAAGACCACUUUGUAUGUCCAAUACCAAAAAUACAGUAGUUUACUUGCCACGAAAUAACUCAAAAAUCAUCACCUGCUCUUUUGCCCUGACUUGCAGCUGUUCCCAUGGGAUGAUGAUUCUGAAGUGAUCAGCUUGGAUAAAACCUGGAGUUUUUCAGUGUUCAUCCAAGGGCUUUUAACAAAAACAGUGUGGGAGUCCCUGGAGCAAUGUUUGACCUGGUGUCACCUGUGCUGCUUCUGAGGCACCUGCAAGAGAGGGCCCAAAAGGCACUCUGUUGCCUGUGGGCUUAAUUUGUCCUGCAGGGUUCGCCUUCUGCAACAAGAAAGUCCUGGAAAUCAGCAAAUCCCAAUAGAUUAUCUGGAGUUACUUUGGAGACAAAGGUUAAACCACACGGUUCUAAGCAGUCAGAGGCUACAGAUUUGGGAGCUUCCUCGUGGAGAGCUCUGCCUGUGCCAGAUGGAAAGCAACUGUAGGUGCUACUUUCAGGCAAAAGAUUGUAAUUUCUUUCUACACAGCUGUUGCUCAGUGAUACUUCAGUUACUUUCCUGCUUGCCCAUUAAGGGUGCACUGAGGGCAUAGAAGUGCCUCCAUUUCCCAUCCUGGGUGUAAGAGGAAGCUCUCUCUUGUCUGCACACAGCUGCCUUGCUCUCAGCUGGGUUCUCUUGGGGAAUGAGGGCUGUAUGGGCAGAGCUCUUUUCAGCCCAGGGUCUUUGGGUUUGUAGAAAAUUGAAUAAUAAGUUUCCAUUUUUUGUUUUACUGUCUAGAUGUUCAGGGAAGGCUUUGUAAGAUUUGGCUGAUAAAAGAUUACUCCUUAAACUUCAAAAUAAAGAUUGCCGCGAUUAUCUGUGA